AUGUUGAUGAAGUGCAUAUGGCCCUCUAAGGCCCUGACUGGGCCUCGGUCCCGUGGUCUCCUCCUCACGGAGGAGUUAGUCCCAGCUUUCAAGGCCCGGAUCGAGGACAGUGGCGAGCGCACCACCCGACCGGGCGUUGCCCGGCGCUCACAGCUGCCUUUGUCCCUCCCCACGGAAUUGGAACCCAACAACCGCAGCGCGCUCUUGGAACCAUGUGCUGCCGCCGCCUCCGCCUCCGCCGCUGCCGCCGCCGCCGCGAAACCAGCCGCCCGCGCGCCGCUUUGGAUGAGAUGUGCACACAACCCGGGCCGCCUCGCGCACUCCCCGACGCCCCAAGCCCCCGAGGCCUCCGCGGCGCACUCGGCCAAUCACAGAGCCGCCCCUCCUCCCGCCCCCGCCCUGAUGCGAAGCCUCCUGAUUGAACUCGAAGAAGCCCUGGCGCGCCCUCCCCCCCUUCCCGGUCUGGUAGGGCGAAGGAGCGGGCGCGCGGUCGAUCGAGCGAUCGGUUGGCGGCUCUUUCUCCUGCUCUGGCAUCCAGCUCUUGGGGCGCAGGCCCGGCCGCCGCGGCGCGCGCCCGGUGGCCGUUGGCGCUCGCGCCGCGUCUUUCUUCUUGUACGCAGAACUCGGGCGGCGGCCUAUGCGUUUGCGAUUCGACGAGGAGUCGUCCGGGUGGUCGGCGGUGGCGGGCAGCUGCUCCGCCCCGCUCCCGGGGAGGCGGCGGGAUUUGGCGCGGCCGGGGAAGCUGGGGUGGCCGGGGCCGGCCUGGAGGCCUGGCGCCACCCUUCGGGGCCUGCAAGGACCCAGUUGGGCGGGCAGGAGGGGGCCGGGGGAUGGUUGGUGGUGGGCUUCCUACUUUGCCUUUUUCUCCUUAUGCCGCCUUAGUGAGGGGCGGGAGCUCUGGCGGCAGCUCCGGGGUGGAGAGACAAGCUCCGGAGUCGGAAGAGCUGGGUUUGCUUCCGGGCCUAGCCACCAGCUGGCCGAGUGACCUUAGGCAAGUCACUUGGUAAUUUGUCUGCGCCUCAGUUUCCUCCUCUAUCAACGUUUGUGGGGUUGAAAGCGCUUUGUAAACUAUAAAGCGUCGGUGAAUGUAAGGGAUGAUUAUUGUUCGUAAUGGUUGGCUUUUUUGUUUGUUUUGAGUUGUAAGAAAACUUAGCAAUUGUCCAAUCCUUGGAUUUUGAACCUGGGAACCUUGGAUUGGAGUUGGAUAUUCCCAAAUUCCCUGAAAUCGUGUGCAAAAAUUAGUGGGAAUAUGUAUUUUAGGGGAAUGAGGAUCCAUCGGCAGCAAGUUUUCAGAGGGGGCUGUGACCCAGAAUAGUUAAGAACCACAAUUCACUUGCCACAAGGAGGAAACUGAGGCCUAGAUGUCAUUCGGGACCCAUCACAACCAAUUUGAAGCCCCUGUUGAAUCCCUGGGAUAUGUGAGCUGUUCUAUGCAUAGUGGGUAUUCGGGGUUAGACCACUCCACUGCUUGGCUUCUAUUCUGAGUCUUUUCACCAUGGGUUGCCUGAAAGGUGGCUGACGCAUAUGGUACAGUGGCACCCAAUAUAAAGCAGCUAAAAGUAGGAGUGGAUGUGUUCUCUAGUAUCAAGAAGCCUGUUUAAUCUUUGGCCCAACAACUUUUUAUUUUCUGGUGCCUGACUACCUUUCUGUUUCAUUGACCAUUUUCCAUGACCAUGGCUGCCAUCCGUUACUUGCUCCUAUUUUAUAUUCUUAGUUUGUGUGGUUGGUAGUGAGCAGGCUUAUUUUUAAAUGGUGCUGCCAAGUCCAGCUAAUUAAUGGUGCAGGUGGAUUUUUAGCAAGCUGGCUGACUGGAACAAACGGAACCAGGCAUGGAAUUCCUGAAGAUGUUUGGGGGUUUGUCUUUAUUAAUUGAAGGUUAACAUUCUCUGAAAAGUUUUGUUAGAACGUCUGCUGAACCUCAAAAUCAGUAGAUUGCAAGUGUUUCAAACCUACCUUUCCCCCCUGCUUCCGGCCUGCUUUGUAUUCUCUUUGCUUGCAAGUGUGUUACUAAGAUGGCCAAAAUGCCAGUUUUUGCUUCUUUGUUAAUUGUCAGCUGCUUUUAUCAAAUUCCAGGCCAUUAUCCAGCAAACACUAUAGAAAUGUUUGAACACUUGGAUUUCAAACAUUUUCAAUUUGUGGAGUGGUGCUUACCAGUGGUACAGUUCUAAGCAAGCAAACACAAACCCACUUAAGUGUUUUGUUUGUUAGGUGUUAGCCGGUUCUGCUAUUUAAUACAAACAUCUGGGAAAAAAAUCAAUUGACUAUUACCUUUACCUAGAGGGCAAAGACAAAGGAUCUCAAUUCCAGAGGAGUGACUGUUUUGGAGAAAGAUGUGUUGGUCUUUUAGCUCUUUUGUAAUUAAAUCUGGAUGUACCUCAAAAGAAUCUUAAGACUGUGGUGAUAAGAUGCUUUCCUCAGGAGAAAGGAGGAAAAAAACAACUGGAACUCAAAGCUUGAAAUUCUGUGACAAAACAUGAGCUGUCCAGGAUAGGAGGUUGAAAGUGUUUCACUACAGCGUUCUGCUCUCGCUGGAACAGAUGUCCUUCGGUGUAGUCACGGCGUGGACUCCAGAUUUCCAGAUUUUCAAGAACUGGAUCUGGGACCUGGAAGAGAUUAUCAAGAUGUGACAGGAACUUGGGAGCUGGAUUUUUUUAUUUUUGAAUUUGGGGACUGUUUUCCUCGCUUAGAGAAAAGAGACAAUGACUGAGCAAACACUGCCACCAGCGCUAUUACUGGGAAUUCGGAGACCUGAAUUUUCGCCACACUCUCAGUGCAAACUCUGGCGAUGCUCCACCCACAGUGAACUACGUCCUGUGCCUCCUGGUUGCCGAGUGUUCACCUGGACCGUCUGACCACCUUUGUGCUAUUCCAUCAGCCUACAGAUCUGGUACCUGGAUUUUUGCCCAUGGUGAUUCUACCACCUUACUACUGAAGAAGACAUCAUUCCAGUGGACCACUGUGACCCAGGAGGCAUCCAGCAAAUCAUCAUGAUGUGGCCUUCACCUCCACUCCUGUCCUGUUCUACCGAGAUUCAACACAGCCCUUUGUAGUGAAGUCAAACUCCUCAAGCCAAAUAGCUGAAGCUAUUUUAUCACAACAAAGGCUGUUUGUUCCAUGAGUGUGCAUUUCGUUUCUUCAGUUAAAGCCUUCAGAGACACAUAAUAAAUUUGGACCAGGGGAUUUUUAGUUAUCAGCACUGUCUGAAGAAUGGCAACAUCUUUUUGAGAACCACAUUGGACCAUGCCCCACUAUCUUAAAUGAUUGAAAUUCAGGAAGUAUCUAAUCUGGACCCCAUUCUUUUUCCAUGUCAAAUGUGUAGUAACCUACUGAAUGAGCAAGCAGAUAUUCUGACCCAUUGGGAUUAAAACAAAGGCACAGUGAACUCACAGCAUCUUCUUUGGGAUUACUCAGGAACCAGAACUUUUCACACAAAUGUAAGAAAUUCUACCAAGGAAUCCCUUUACCUAACAGCAUCUCACAAAGCUCCAAUCAGAUUCCAGAAAAGGCCUCUUGAUACAUCCAGCAUUUUGUGAACAACUUAUUCUUAGAUCAUUGGUUUUCCAAAGGCUUUGUGGCCAUGAAGCCCUUUGAAUGAAAACUUUAUGGAAGCCCAGAGUAAAAGUGAAGCUGCUCUGGAGGAAGCAGAAGUGGGGGCCCUGAAACCUGCCACAAGCAUCUUACUUUACCACCAUGGUGACACCUAAGGAGACUUCUUUACAACAACUAGAAUUCUUCAGAACACAGUUUGAAAACCACUGCCCUAGACAACAGUAUGUUCAACCUGAAUGGCAUUCUGUUCUGUACCUCUACCCAACACCAUCCAUGUUCAGUUGAUGCUGAACACUCUUAGGAAUACUACCGUGGGCAAACUCAGAAAAGUACAAGAAGAUGGGCAUAUCUUUGCCCCCCAGAGUAGUCAUAUGGGCCGAAAGUGGUAUCAAAUGGACCUAGAGUAAUAGCCCUCUACCUACAGAUGGACUUCCAGUGAUUCCUGGAUUUGAUAUAGCCAGAGAGCAAUUCAUACAUACUCUACACUGACAAACCCCCUUACCCAGCUUCUUUCACAAACACCAGAUGCUCUAGUGGUACUUGAAAUACAUGACCUUGAAGUCAUGUGCCAGGUAUUGAAGCUGAUGCUGAAGUUGAUGUCUCAUUGAGGCCAUAUUAGAGCAACUGUACAUUGGACCGCCCAUCCUCAGCCAUGGUACUCUACUUCAUGUGCAAGGGAUAACGAUAAACUGAAAGCAGAAUUCAAAGACUGGCAACAUUACCUAAAAGGGUACCUGGUUAUUAUUCAUCUUCUCAGACUAUGUCACUAUCACUCAGCCAGUGGCAGUUACACUACUUCUUGGUUUUUAUUCAGUUUAACUGCUCUUUCCAGGAUAAAUGAGCUAAUAACCUUUGAAAAAUCGCUAAAACAAUUCCUCAGUCACUGGCACAUCUGCCUAGCCUCCAAAAUUAAGAAUGCUCAGCUCUAACUACAUGUAAUAUCUGAUCCACAAGGGACAAUCUCUGAACAUCCUUUCUCAUCUGUGUGAUUUAAAAUGUGACCAUUUCGAAAAUUUUCUUCCAGCCAAGAGAGAUUUUAAGAUGGGUGUUUUGAUGUCUGGUACCAUCAGCUGUUGAUGUUAAUGAUGUGCGGAGGUAGGCCUUUUGACCAGGCCAUGAUAGCUUACUUGGUGGGCAUCUCAAAUUGCAUAUCAUCUACCUUUUGCUGGAAAUGUAGACUGACUUGAAAUCUCCAAAGCCUGCAGCUAAAGAUUUUAUCAAUAGACUCAAGAGCUUCCUGCUGCUUCUUCCUAAUGUCACAAGACCACAGUCCCCUGUCCUUGUGGAUGUUUUCAUGGAAUUUCAUCUGUCUCAGUACUAUUGUUUUACACUGAAUCAGAGUGGCUGACUUCAUUCCUUGUCAUGAAAUACUCUCAGGUAUUAAGACAACUUACCUGUUCAGGAGGGAUUUGAUUCAUGAACUCCUCCCAGACCAGAUCAUGUAGAACAAGUAGACUUUGAUUUGUGCCAUGAGAAAAGUCUCAUUUCUUCAGAGUCAACUUAAGGGCCCGCUGUCCUCAGCUACUUUAACGAAUGCACUGGUUAAAUGUUGGAAAUGUUUCUUUAUAUCUUUUGUCUCUUAUCCUCUAGACUAAUUGUGAUUAUGAGUCAGUCUACAAAUCAUCAAACAAGGCCUAAGUCUGGUUACUCUAUACUGCUCACCCUCAACAAAUAAAAUCUGAUGACUGGCCUGCUUGUAUAUACAACUGUUAUCUGUAAAGAAGAAAUUAUCUACAAGCUUAGAUUUUCUAUUGCCUUCAAAAUGUCAGCUCGAUUUUCUUUUUCUCCUGUACUUGACCGAAAAAGACAUUGAUCUACACUGGCAGUCAUUCCCUUUAAUCCUGUCAAAAUGAGGGACUAAAGGUAAAGAUGAUCAUCUGUUCAAGAGUCUGAUGUACACUGUGUAUAAGAAUUGAUGGUGGAAAAAGCGUAAAACUCAAACCUAGUAUCUUACUAUCUCCAUGCCUCAGAUCUCAUCUUUCAGCAGUACCAUUCAACCAGUCUGAGGCCUUGACUUGUUGAUAAGAUGAUUCUCAGAGAUGGGCUGAGUUACAGAAGAUGGAGACUUGAUUACCAAAGAAAGUAGGGCCAACCUUGAUGAACCUGGCUCUCCCAACCCUAUCACUCCCAGAUGUAGCAUAGACUCCUAAACAGAACCUCAAGUCUGGAUUAAGGAGAUAGCCUUCUGAGCUGAAAGUUCUUGGGCAGAUGAGCAGGAAAAUGAAAGUUGCUGUACCUGACUGGCCCUUUAAGAUCAGAAAAUUGUAUCCAGAAUAAAUGCUGUGGAUUAACCCUGGAAUACUCAGGGUUAAAACUAAUGUACAGAGUUUUGAUAUUAAACUGCCUGUUCUUCUAGAUCAUAGCCUGGCUAUUGAUAUGGCUGGCCCUGCUGAAAGUACCUUACUUGCCUAUUUACCUGACACAGCCCUUGCCUGCUUUUUUGACAUAUUGCUGCAAUCAGACUGGCUGUCCUUGAGAAGACUAUAGCUGAUCUCGGUCUACCUUAUACCCAGUUCCACCAAGAGGUUUUGAACAGAAGCAGCCUGCACCUCACCCACCAGGACUUAAUGUUCACAACAGGAAGGACCAUGCUGUAUACUCUUUGACCAGCAGCUUUUUUUUUUUUUUUGUAACUGCAGAGUCAGCCUCUAUGCCUAUAUAUAUUAGCUCAUUUUCAGCACUUGGGACCCUUUCUACCAGAUCUGAAAGAGCAGAGCAGAUUGAAGUCACUGUCCAUUGCUCUGUUCUACGGUAAUACAGAGAUGAAUCUGAUUUGCCGGUACUCACAGAAAUGUACCAGUUCAACCUGGCAAAAGACUUAAAGGAACGUAAGAACACUUUUCCACUGAGCUUAAAAUUUACCACUGACUUGAUGAGCGUCACAGAACUAUUUGCCAGUGGGAGGCUGGUUGUCCUGCUUCAUGUCAGCAAGACAGUUGGGCUCUCAAACUCACGACCACUGAGUUUACUUACAUUGAAACUCUAUUGUAUCAUCCAGAGUGUGCUAUUGGACAUGAUUAUUCCAUUCAAAUGGAUUACAAGCCUCCUGAGUAGAAGACAAACUUACUCCUCAUGAUUUUUAGAAGACAAACUUACUCCUCAUGAUUUUUUCCAGAAUACAUUUAUUGUCAAGGAAGGAACAAUGCCAGCUGUUACCAUACAAUUUUAUGAGCAGAGAUUAAACUUUUUCAGUAUCUGGUCUUACUAUUGACAUCAGUUGUUUUUGAUUGACCAGCAUCAAUUCCAUCCCUUUGCAACAACUCCCUGAUGUUUCUUGGAACCUCCUCUCCUUCUUUUCAGUCCAUGUGGUUCAAUCUGACCUAAUCUUAGGUUUCAUGGGUGGACAUGUAAUUCAGACCUGAUCAAUCAGCACAGUCCAUCUCCUUGGCCAUAGUGAUUGGUUCAGGAAUGGUCGUUUGAUUCAAGCUGGUCCAGUGAUACCCAACCCUAAGAGUUUAGUGAACUGUGGAGGAGAAGCUCAGAAGCUCUACUGAGGUUGCUUAGCUCUGUAGGAUGAAAAGCUCAGACCAACAGGGCCCACCAUAUCAAAUGAGCCAGUCAAAGAAUGAAGCCAGUACAGAGGAAAGCAGAGCCAAAUGUUGGAGAGACUUGAGUCCUGAUGACAAUGUUUGUGCCCCUGGAUCCAACCGUGCCUGAAGCAAGUAUAUCCCCUGGACUUUUCAGUUAUGUGAACCAAUAAAUGCCCUUCUUUGCUUAAGUUA